CCUCACACCAAUAUCAAUCAUUCUCUUAGCUUCCUCUACAUUCAUUCUUUCUUUGAUCAUAUUUUCUAAGCUCUCAAAUCAUCAUCUUCAUCAUGGGUGUCUUCACAUACGCAGACGAGUCCACCUCAGUCAUCCCCCCACCAAGAUUGUUCAAAGCCCUUGUUCUUGAAGCUGACACCCUCAUCCCCAAGAUUGCUCCCCAAUCAGUUAAAAGUGCUGAAAUUGUUGAAGGAGAUGGAGGUGUUGGAACCAUCAAGAAGAUUAGCUUUGGUGAAGGAAGUCAUUACAGCUACGUGAAGCACCGGAUCGACGGGCUUGACAAAGAUAACUUUGUGUACAGCUACAGUUUGGUUGAAGGAGAUGCUCUUUCAGACAAGGUUGAGAAAAUUAGUUAUGAGAUUAAGUUGGUGGCAUCUGCUGAUGGAGGUUCCAUCAUAAAGAGCACCAGCAACUACCACACGAAAGGUGAUGUUGAGAUCAAGGAAGAGGAUGUUAAGGCUGGGAAAGAGAAGGCAACUGGUCUUUUCAAGCUUAUUGAGAACUACCUUGUGGCCAACCCAGAUGCCUACAACUAAAACCUUAAAUGAAAUAUACUGCAUGCUAUAGGGCAACAACUUGUGUCCUGCUUUCUCUGUUUAUUGAGCAGUGUGUGUGGCCUUUCAUUUUAUUUUUAUUUUUUAUCAUACCAAAGUAGGUCUUUGACUUUUCACUUUGGAGUCAUGAUUAAAGAGUAUGUUGUAUUCGAUUUCAAUUUCAAUAAAUAAAACAUAAAUUUUAUAUAAAUCA